AACCUGCUGCACGUUUUUCAUAGUCGAUCAUUUGCACUAACUUCAUUAGCUUACAAACAAACAAGUUCUCUUCACGAGUUACACCGCGUUCUCCGGUCUGUCCAUCGCUCCUGCGGAAGCUGUAAAUCUCAAGAUCACCAUCGUGUUUUAGAUUCUUCGUAAUAAUCAAAACUGGAUCGAAGAAAAUGAAAAUCGCUGCAACAUUAUUCCUCUUCGUUGUCGUCGGAUGUACGUGGCGAGAGGCACUAUGCACAUGUGUAUUUCAAUCGGACUUUGGUUUCGUGCUAAACUGCGCGUUCAAAAAAUCCGGAUUGUUUCGGAUAAGAAACCUUGGAGGAGUAAAAGGGUAUGUCGGUUUAGGAUUUUCCGUUGGAGACGAAUUAGGCUUCGGCCAAUCGCUCUCUAAUUUGGAAAGUGCAAAAAGAAGAAGCGUGCAAUCAAACAGAGCUAACGGUCUUACAAUUAAUCCUUUAAAUACGGCAAGCAAUCGGGAUGAAAUGGCGCGUCCGGGAUCGAUAAAUACCCGCCAAGUGCCGCCCUUUAAGCCUUUGCCAUUUGGAACAGCUCGACCAUUAGCCCAACAGCCGGAACGGCAGAAGCUGGUGGUGAAUUCGACGGCGAUUAAAACGGCGUCAGUGGUACCGCAAGCGCAGCUAGAUGCGCUGCAGCAACAGCAUCAGCGAAUUCACCAGGAGGCCAAGUUAAAGCAACAACAGAGAAUACAACAGGAGGCGUUGGCGCUGCAGGUACUAAAGCAGCAACGUCAACAACAGCAGGAGGCCAUGAGACAGCAGCAUAUGCAAAAGAUGCAACAAAUGCAGAAGCAGCAGCAAAUCCUAGCGCAAAGGCAGCAGAUCAUGACAAUACCGAAUAAGAAAGAUCAACCAUUGCAGAUGAUAGCGGUGACAGGAACAGUACCGAAGCUAUCUAAUGUUGUCGCUGCAAUUCCGCAAAGUGGUAUGGUCGAAGCCGAAGUCCUUUCCCCGUCAUCAUCAAAGGUAACGGGUAAUUUGGUCUCGUCAAAUGCUGCUUUGCCACCUUUCAUUGCGAUGCCGCAAUCAUCGGCGAAACUCACAAACAGAAUCGGUAACGGUGGUUUGCUACAGGAUGCCGAUAAUGAAGUAUCGAAAGAUGAUUAUACUCAGCUACCUUUGCCGAGCGAUGAGAUGGCUGCUUCAGUGAACGAAAUGACGUUGCUUUCGUUGCAGUCUAUCGCUGCAUCUGAAACCAGUCAACUACUGCCUGUUCAACAAAAUGAAAAACCGCAGUCUCUACCUGACAGCUUACCAUCUUUGGCUCCUAUCCAGGGUAUGGAAACUUCUUUAAAAGCUCUUGCGGAGGCAAGUAAUAUUACUCUAGAAGCCUUGGAAGCGGCAAUUCUCCUGAGACAACAGCAGCUUCUUAAAAAACAGCAAGGACCUUUGACAACAAGUACCACAACCACAGUGGCACCUCUUAGAAAUAAAUACAAUUCCGGAGCCACCAAGGUGAUGAACGCGCCCCGGGAAUACUAUCCGGUAGGAUAUGACAAAAAUUUCGACGACAACUUUGCAAGUCGCGUUGACCUGCCUGACACGAGCUUCUACUGUGGCGAUCAAAAGCAUUUCCCAGGUCUUUAUGCUGACGAAGAUCUAGGCUGCAUGGUGUUUCAUGUUUGCGCACUGACGGAUGAUGGACUGAUUAUGAAGAGUUUCCUCUGUCCGGAAUCGACGUUGUUUGAUCAAACGAUUCUGAAAUGCAACUGGUGGUUCUACGUGGACUGCAAAGCUUCCAAGAGCUUAUACGACAGCAAUAUUCCUAUAAGCAAGAGUUACCAGUUGAUGAAAGCCUUGGCGUUUUUCUCGGCGUAUAAAAAUCACGAAAACGGAACAAGCAAUGAACAAGCAAACGAAAAUAUUGAAUCAAAAGAGAUAUAAAUUCUUGAAUUAAUAGUAAAUCAAAAGUUUAUAGAAUUGUAAUCAAUAAGCUCAAUUUUCCUUAUCUGGAAAUUAUCGUAUUUCUAUGAUAAAUUUUCUUAUCUAGUUUUAAAAUGCGCUAAAACUUUUAUCUGUAUAUAUAAUUUAUUUGAUUAAGAGAGAAAGAGAAAAUAGAAAAUAAGUUAGAUUUCUAUUUUAUAUAGAAGCAAUGUAAAUAGUACACGUUCCUGGUUCUCGAUCAUAAUUUGUUGAAUAAUAAUAUAUAUUAUAGAUAUAUCUCUUCUGCUUAAAAUUUUUCUUUCCAUUAAAACUAACGUGUUUGGUAAUAAAACACAAAAGCAAAGAAGUAUGAGGUGAGGAAACGACAGAAAAUGAAAAAAGCGCAACAUUUUUAUUAAUGCUCGAUAUACAUUUAUGGUUAUAUGAGAACAGUGUGAACUUAAAUCUGCAAUAAUGCUGCAUUACUAUUAAACGAAUCAGCAAUUACGCGCGAUCAGUCUCUUUCUGUUUUUUUCUGACACUUAUAUCUACGAAUUCGUGAACUUCGUAUUAAAUUAUUCGUAUGCGCACGCAUAGCAUUAUAUCUAUAUUUCUAUAUAUAGAAACGCAUAUAAAACGUACAAAAGUUUUGUUAUAUAGAUGUAUUUAUUAAAUCAUAAAAAUUAUCUGGUAAUUGGUAAACAAUGAAAACGAGUUCUAAUUGACGAUAUGUUAACAGAGAAUACUACUAAAGGCAAAUUUUUGCAUUGAAGCGUCAUCGUAAAACAUAAUUGUCGAUAAGUUUCUACUCCAAAUCUUGCUUGGUUCGAGAACACGAUAGACAGCAAGACUCUUGAUAAAAUUGGUAAGAGCAGAGCCGAGCUUGCGUGACUAAAUUACAGUUAGCUAUUUUAUCCUUGCAAAGUGGAUUGUUCUCAACACCUGAAAUGAAUAAAAUAACACAUGGACUAACUUUUUUUAAAGAAGAUUUUGUAAAUUCUCUACAGUAGUUUUAUAAAUUAUUUAUAAGAUAAUUAUUGUAU